CGAAAAAACCUUAAUGGAAGGAUUGAUCGGAUUGGUUAGCACAUUACACAAAUCAUGUACCAAGUUAGGUGACUUUGGUAGUGACCCAUUGCCUUCUCUUUGGGAUUCUCUCCCCUCUAUCGUCGCCAUUGGCGGCCAGAGUUCCGGAAAGUCAUCUGUGCUUGAGAGUAUCGUUGGACGUGACUUUCUUCCCCGUGGUUCAGGUAUCGUGACUCGAAGGCCUUUGCUUUUACAGCUACACAAUAUCGAUUCAGGAGAAGAGGAGUAUGCAGAGUUUCUUCACUUACCAAAACAACGAUUCACAGAUUACUCAAUGGUUCGGAAAGAAAUUCAAGACGAAACUGAUAAGAUAACUAGCAACUCGAGGCAGAUUUCUUCAGUCCCAAUCCAACUUAGCAUACAUUCACCCAAUGUUGUUAACUUGGCAAUGAUUGAUUUACCUGGUUUAACAAAGGUAGCUGUAGAGGGGCAACCAGAGACCAUUGCACAGGAUAUUGAGAAGUUGGUCCGCUCAUAUGUGGAGAAGCCUAACUGCAUCAUACUAGCCAUAACACCAGCAAACCAAGAUAUUGCUACGUCUGAUGCUAUCAGGCUUGCCAGAGAAGUUGAUCCAGCAGCUGAACGAACAUUUGGUGUUUUGACUAAGCUUGAUCUAAUGGAUAAGGGAACAAAUGCUCUAGAGGUUCUUGAAGGAAAAUCUUUUCGUUUGCAACGUCCUUGGGUCGGAACUGUGAACCGAUCCCAAGCAGAUAUCAAUACAAACGUUGAUAUGCUUGCUGCAAGGAAAAGGGAACGUGAAUUUUUUGCCACUAGCCCAGACUAUGCACACAUUGCUAGCAAAAUGGGUUCAGAAUAUCUUGCAAAACUUCUAUCAAGAGAUCUAGAGAAUGUAAUCAAGGCACGAAUACCAGGGAUCGCGUCUUUGAUUAAGAAAGGCAUUGAUGAAGCUGAAUCUGAAGUAGAUCAGCUUGGUAGACCAGUCGCCGUUGAUGCAGGGGCACAGUUAUACACUAUUCUAGAACUCUGCCGCGCAUUUGAUCAGACAUUUGCAGAGCAUCUAGAGGGAGGUCGGUCAGGUGGUGAUCGUAUAUAUGAAGUUUUCGGCACUAUGCUUCCCAAGGCCGUGAAGAAAAUUCCCUUUGAACGUCAUUUAUGUUUACAAAAUGUAAAGAAGGUUGUCUCACAGGCUGAUGGUUAUCAGCCUCAUCUUAUUGCACCCGAGGAAGGGUACAGGCGGCUUAUUGAAGGUGCACUCAAUUGUUUCAAAGAUCCAGCUUUAGCUUCAGUAGAAACUGUCCACAGAAUUUUGAUAGAGCUUGUCAGGAAAGCCAUUGUAGGAACUCAGGAAUUAAGGCGCUUCCCUACUCUUCAAUAUGAGAUAGCAUCAGCUGCAAAUGCAGCACUGAUGAGGUUUCGUGAAGAGAGCAAGAAGACCACUUUGCGCUUAGUAGAGAUGGAAUCCUCAUAUAUCACUCCUGAUUUCUUUCGGAAGCUGUCUGCCACAAAUGUGGUUCCGUAUACAGAGGCUUACUACUUAAAGAUCAGCUCGAAUGUGGCUUCUUAUGUCAAUAUGGUGUCUGAAUCGCUGAAGAACUCAAUUCCCAAGGCUGUGGUGUAUUGCCAGGUUAGGCAGGCGAAGCAGUCUUUACUGAAUCAGUUUUACCUGCAACUCGGCAAGAAAGAGGGUAAGCAGCUUGCUCGUCUACUGGAUGAAGAUUUUGAGCUAAUGGAAAGGAGAGAGAAAUGUUUAAAGAGGCUGGAGCUAUACAGAGCUGCAAGAGACGAUAUUGAUUCAGUCUCAUGGACUGAAUGAGAUCAUUUUUCGUGGUGAAAAUUUCCGCUGUGUAUAGUAUAAGCUUAGAUGUUUUUCUUCAGAGUAGAUUGGUAUUCAUAUUACUAACCCGUACAUAUCAUUAGGGACAUCUUGCUUCAGCUAAUAAAUGUUCAAGAGAAUAGUUUUUUAUUAAUUCAUAUUUGUUGGUCUAGACGAUAAAGGCCAAAAGCAAUGCAUGUACUCCCUCCGUCUCAUAUUUAACUUCACAAUCAACUUUGCCUGACCUCCAAGAUCAAACUUUGACAAUUCUCUUCUCAUAAUUUGAAGCGCGCAGUAUAAAUUUAAGAAAAUAUGUCUGAAAUAACUUUGAACUAAAGAUAAUAACUUUACAAUAAAAAUUAU